UUAAAAUAAAAAGUUGAAUUUAUAUUUGCACACAAACAAUGAUGUGUCUGCCUUUGUUUUCGUCUUAUGCAAAUAAGUAACACGUAUCAAUAACACUACUAAAAAUUCAUUUUAAGACAAAAACAUUGAAUUAUUUACACCACAGCGGAAUUUUAUUGUUUUUGGUCACAAAUAAUGAAGGCGUUUUUGCUAGGAAUAUUACUGAUUAUUACGGCUAACUGUCAGACACCUGGAAAUGACAGUAAAGAGCCGAGACAGGAGCCAAGAUGCUAUUCCAAAUUUGAUUACGAUUACAAGUUACUGCAGAAACUGACAAAGCUAGAAGAGAGGCAAGAAACGAUGCAGGUUCUGUUGAACAGCCAAAAUGGCCUUAUCGAUGAACUGAAAGAGCAACUUAGAGUAUCUUUGUUGCCCCAGUGGGGAGACUGGAGCCCCUGGAGUGACUGUUAUAUGAACUGUACGGGCAAACACGGAGGACGUAUACAAAGUAGAUCAAGGGAAACCAUUUCACAUUCUCCAACGCAGGGACCACAGCAAAAGGCGGAAGAACGACCAUGUAAUGCUGUACAAUUUGCAGGCUGUAUCAAAAGCUACGGAACGGAUGAUAAUUUUGGCGUGACCUAUGACUUCGCAGAUCAAAUUGCGGUAUCUACUUGCACAGCGCUUCUGUCGGGAGGAAACUACGUGUAUGCAAUUAGACGAAAAUGCUCUGCUCUUUCUGUCUCGUGUGCAGAAACGUGCAAACAUGUUGGAAAAACAUGUUUCAAUGCGCUACAUGUUUAUCGGAGUUCCACGAUCUUCCCGAGGGAUCAAUAUGGCGCUCUGGGAUUGUUUUUGUACAAAUAUAACAGCUGUUCUGGGAAUUACUGCGGUCCUAACUUCUGCUGCUGUCACAAUUAGUAUGAUGUUGUCUUGAGUAGAUACUGACUGAAUAAAUCUACACGCUGCACAUUCUUUACUUUCUUACACACUGUUUGUGUAUUUGAGCUAAACAGAUAUUAUUCAAAAUGCUUGUUUCAUUUUUGAUAACCCUGAAUACAUUUAAUACAAAAAAAAACAGUAUAACAACUAAUGGUAGGUUGAAUGUUUGGAGAAUUGCCAGUAACAUUACAUUUGUACAAGGAAAUGUAGCUUAAAACCCGACAUGCCGGUGUAACGAAGUAUUUCGACCCCCAUAGAAUAACGACCCCCCGGUCAUUAUUCUAUAGAAAAUGUGACUCCUUUCCUGUAAAAUAUUGACUACCCUUAUAAAAAACUGACUCCCUUUGAAAACUCUAUAGAAUAACGACCCCCCGGUCAUUAUUCUAUAGAAAAACUGACCCCUCCAAGUAAAAUACUGACUCCCUAAAGAUGACUCCCUUCGAAUCUCAUAGAAUAACUACCCCGGUUAUUAUUCUAUAGAAAAAGUGACUCCUUCCAUGUAAAAUACUCACUGUCGAAAUUACUACAUUCGAACUCUCAUACAAUAUCGAUUCCCGAACAUCAUUCUAUUUAAAAAAAGUUACUCUUUCCGUAUAAAACACCGGUGUAAUGAAGUAUUUCGACCCCCAUAGAAUAAUGACCCCCCGGUCAUUAUUCUAUAGAAAAAGUGACCCCCCGGUCAUAGUAUUAUGACCUCCAGAUCAUAGUACUAUGAUUCCCCCACGUGAAGUAAACUGAACCUCACGAAGAAUAUUGACUCCCAUAAAAAACGACCCCCGGUCAUUUGGUCAAAUUUAGUGAUGUAUCUAAGGCCUAAUUGCUGCAUUUUAUGCCCCAACUCGGGGGAGCGGGGCAUAUAGAUUUGCCCGUGUCCGUCCGUCCGUCCUUCCGUUUGACCAUUAGCCCCAGAUACCAUCACUUGACACAGAAAUCAGAGCAUUCCGCAAGGGAUAAUUGACACUGGUAUGUUUUGUGAACGUAUUGUGAAUUGUAAUUUUCCUGAAAAAAAAUGUAUACACCAAGAUACAGCGUCUAGAAAUAGAAUCCUUUUUCCCGUUGCGGAAUGCUCUGAUUUCUGUGUCAAGUGAUGGUAUCUGGGGCUAAUGGUCAAACGGAAGGACGGACGGACGGACAAGGGCAAAUCUGUAUGCCCCCUCCGGGGGGUCAUUAUUCUAUGGGGGUCAAAAUACUUCAUUACCCCGGCCUCACAGUUAUUCUAAAUGCGACGUGGAAAUUGAGACAAAUAAUGAAGUAUUUUCACAUGCAAGAUAUUUCUUAGUUCAGUCUAUGAGCUUUUUCUUGACCAAAUAUUUUGUUGUAAAUUAGUGUAAUUUUAAUUACUUCAGAUCUGCGGAUCUCUUGAUGAAUCAGUCAUUUAUUGCCUGUCAUCUAUUUUUAUUUUACAGUUUUUAAGCCGAUCUUUAACCUUACAAUUAAUAAACUUACUGUCGUG